CCUGGCUAGACGACACAGUGUCCAGAUGUCGCUUGCACACUGCCCGGGUUGCCGAUGGUCAAUCGUCCUCUCAAAAAAUCAGUACAAAUUCGUUCGUUCCAAGGAACAGUUGUGGUGCUCAAGACUUCCUUCUUCCUGUUCACAUGUCGAGGUAAUCCUGUGCAGUGAGUUAUAAUAGUAGAAAGGACUUUGUAGAAAAUGCGCCAUCAUGAAUAACAGGAAAUUUUUCUAUGAGAAGUAUUUGGUCAUCCAACACAUGAGCAACUUUUCCACGUGAUCCACGGUUUUAUGAACUUUUAACGCGCGCGAUUAGUGAGGUAAACGGACUUAAAGUGUAGUAAAAGACUCGUAGAUAUUCUUAAAUAAUACUUAAUUAAUUGUGACUACAUAAUUUUUGCGCGCGUAUAUUUUAUAGUAUUCCUUUGAAAUCGCAAACGCAUUUUUAUUUAUUAUUUAUUUUAUUUAUUUUUAUUGGAGUAAUAAACAGUACUCCUGUUCUGAAAAACUUUUUGAAAGUGUAAAAGUAGCAGUAGGAAGAUGGCUUUAAAUUUUUCAAGAAGGCAGUGGUUGACGCUGAUCGUCAUAGGAAUUGCUGAUUUUUGCAACGCCAUUUGCGUCAGCUUGCAGGCACCAUUCUACCCACAAGAGGCUGAAAAGAAAGGAGCGACGGCUACGGAGUAUGGAUUAGUAUUCGGAGUAUUUGAACUUGUAGUAUUUAUAAUUAGUCCAGUGUAUGGUAAAUAUUUAAAUCGUAUAGGACCCAAAGUUUUGUUUAAUGCAGGCAUCUUUACGACGGGUACAUGUGCUAUAUUAUUUGGAUUUCUGGAGAGAAUUGAUGAUCAUAUACCAUUCAUAGCAUUGAGUUUCAUUAUAAGAAUAGUUGAAGCUUUGGGAAAUGCUGCAUUUCUCACAGCCUCUUUUGCCAUAAUUGCCAGAGAAUUUCCUGAUAAUGUUGCUACCACUUUUGCUUCAUUGGAAACCUUCUUUGGGCUAGGACUAAUUGUUGGACCAACGUUAGGAGGUGCUUUGUACUCGGUUGGAGGAUAUACCACUCCAUUCGCUGUUUUGGGUUCUGCACUCUUCCUGGCUGCCGUUAUGACCGCUCUGGUUCUUCCUAAACAAACAUCGGAAUCUGAUGUUACAGACCAAGGAUCAUCCAUGGUUAGUCUUCUACGUAUUCCUGCUGUAAUCGUUUGCGCACUGAGCAUUGCUGCAACCAGUGUAUCAAUUGGAUUUUUAUCAGCAACGUUGGAACCACAUCUUAGACAAUUCGAAUUAUCGCCCAUUGUUUUAGGUAUGAUGUUUAUCGUAAAUGGUGGAACUUACGCUCUGACUGCUCCAGUUUGGGGAUGGCUGUGCGAUCGCGGUUUGAGACCAAAAACGGCUUCUUUGGCUGGAUGCAUUUUAGUUGCCAGUGGAUUUUCUCUUGUAGGACCUCUUCCAUUCUUACCAUAUACUUCGUCUUUAACUACUAUAAUUAUCGGCCUGGUGAUUCACGGUUUAGGAAUAUCAGCACAAUUAGUAGCUUCCUUCACUGACGCUUUGAACACAUCAGUUGCUCGUGGUCUUCCCAACAACAUUGAAACUUACGGCUUGGUUUCUGGUUUAUGGACAAGUACUUUUGCCUUAGGAGCUUUUGUUGGUCCUUCUGUGAGCGGCGCUCUUUUCGACAGUAUUGGCUUCAGGAAUUCUACAUUGUUCGUCAUUGGUCUACAUGGAUUUGUAGCUAUCACCUUGAUUGUAUUCUUGUGCCUUGAAAGAAAACAAGGACCAUACAAAGAAAUUCCUCCAUCUGCAUGUAGAAGUACCACGAGUUUGUUAUUAAAUGAGAGUGGUUCAACAAGAAGUUUGAAACAACUUAUUGCUGGUAAUAUUACCAUUGACGGAACUCCACAAUCUCGUCCAGGAGGCAUGAACUCACUUCUAGCAUGCAAUAGUGUUAAUAGUUACAAAAAUCUUCAAGGACAAUGGGCAAGAAGAGACAGGUCCAUGUAUACACCGCAUCAUUAGGAAUACUAGCAGAUUAAUUUAUUCGAUAGUUUUUUUUAGAAAUAGUUCUUUCUAUAUUUGUUAUAUAUAAUAUAUUAAUUACUAAAUAAAUGUUUAUCAUUCA